GAGUAUAGUAACUUGAAUGCCAUAUUAUUACCUCUGUAAUAAUCUAAUAUUUCACAUUUAUUGAAAGCUUACUCUGUGUGAGGUACUGAUCUGAAUGAAGGCUGUAUUCCUAUUUCAUUUCAACAGCAAGCCCAUAAAGUGAAAACUAGUAACCUCAAGGUACAGGCAUGAAAAAUGUGAAGUGAUUGUCCCAGGUCACCCAGUCUGUAAGCGGUGAAACUCGGAUUUGAACCCAGGCAGUCUGGUUUCAGAGCCCUGGAGAAUUUGUGUUGCUAGGAAUCUAUGUCCUUCAGUGUCCCAAAUUAACAACGGAUAUUAAAAUGAUUUUUUAAAUGACUUCUUCAACAUAGGUGGAGAGUGGUAGUUGUGUGGAAGGGUCACUAGAGGGAGGUGUGUUCCAGGAAGUCGCUCACUCACCCAAAGGCAAGGCCUUAGAGGCGUCUGGUACACAGAGAAACAAGGUAGCAGUUUGAGCAACUGAUCCCCAGGCCCUCAAUUUUCUGUUGAGAAACGUUGAUUAAAAUAAUUAUGAACAUAUAUGUGUUACCACUCACCUCUUUUGUACCUCUUCUUUCAGCUGCUGAAAACUUUGCAGCUUUAGUGGAGCAGCUGUUUAUGGCAGGUGGGCUUGCAGCAAAACUCUUAACAGCCUGGAUUGCUUUGGUGUAUAAAUGAACCAAGUUUCUGCGCUGCCCAGCUUCUCUUUCCUGAUAUUCUUACUGCUGCCAGAAAUGAACUCAAAAUAUUACAUGGACUGUUCUUCUCCUUCCAUACAAGACGUUCUAUAUUGUGAAACCCUUUGAUGGCAGCUGUUGUGCUGUGUAUGGAUGUGGGCUUUGCCAUGAGUAACUCCUUUCCUGGUGAAGAAUCUCCAUUUGAACUAGCAAAGAAGGUGAUGACCAUGUUUGUGCAGAGACAGGUGUUUGCUGAGAGCAAGGAUGAAAUCGCAUUAGUCCUUUUUGGUACAGAUGGCACUAAGAAUGCCCUUGCUAGUGAGGAUCAGUAUCAGAACAUCACAGUGCACAGACAUCUGAUGCUACCAGAUUUUGACUUGCUGGAGGACAUUGAAAGCAAAAUCCAACCAGGUUCUCAACAAGCUGACUUCCUGGAUGCACUUAUUGUGUGCAUGGAUGUGAUCCAACAAGAAACCGUAGGAAAGAAGUUCGAGAAGAGGCAUAUUGAAGUGUUCACUGACCUCAGCAGCCCAUUCAGCAAAGAUCAGCUGGACACUAUAAUUCAUAACUUGAGGAAAUCCAGUAUCUCCCUGCAGUUCUUUUUGCCUUUCCCAAUUGGCAAGGAAGAUGGAACUGGGGACAGAGGAGAUGGCAACUUUCCCUUGGACAACCACGGGCCCUCCUUUCCUUUAAAAGGAAUUACUGAGCAGCAAAAGGAAGGUAUCCGGAUGGUGAAAAGGGUGAUGAUGUCUUUAGAAGGUGAAGAUGGGCUGGAUGAAGUUUAUUCUUUCAGCGAGAGUCUGAGACAACUGUGUGCCUUUAAGAAAAUUGAGAGGACUUCCAUGCCCUGGCCCUGUCAACUGACCAUUGGCUCCAAUUUGUCUAUAAAGAUUUUGGCUUAUAAAUCAAUUCUACAGGAGAAAGUUAAAAAGUCUUGGACAGUUGUGGAUGCAAGAACCCUAAGAAAGGAAGACAUACAAAAGGAAACCGUUUAUUGCUUGAAUGACGAUGAUGAAACUGAAGUUCCAAAAGAAGAUACUAUUCAAGGGUUCCGCUACGGGAGCGACAUCAUCCCUUUCUCCAGAGUGGACCAGGAGCAGAUGGAGUACAAGUCAGAGGGGAAGUGCUUCUCCGUCCUGGGGUUUUGUAGAGCUUCUCAGGUCCAUAGGAAAUAUUUUAUGGGAACUCAAGUUCUAAAAGUCUUUGCAGCAAAAGAUGAUGAGGCAGCAGCGGUGGCCCUUUCCUCACUGAUUCAUGCUUUGGAUGAAUUAGCCAUGGUGGCCAUAGUUCGCUACAUUUAUGACAAAAGAGCUAACCCCCAAGUUGGCGUGGCUUUUCCUCACAUCAAGGACACCUAUGAGUGUUUAGUGUAUGUGCAGCUGCCUUUCAUGGAAGACUUGAGGCAAUACCUGUUUUCAUCCUUGAAAAAUAAUAAGAAAUGCACUCCCACGGAGGCACAGCUGAGUGCUGUUGAUGCUCUGAUCGACUCCAUGAGCUUGGUGAAGAAAAAUGAAGAGGAGGACACCAUUGAAGACUUAUUUCCAACCACCAAAAUCCCAAAUCCUCAAUUUCAGAGAUUAUUUCAGUGUCUGCUGCACAGAGCUCUCCAUCCCCAGCAGCCUCUGCCCCCAAUUCAGCAGCAUGUUUUGAAUAUGCUGGAUCCCCCCACUGAGGUGACAGCUAAAUGUGAGAUUCCUCUCUCUAAAAUAAAGACCCUGUUCCCUCUAACUGAAGCCAUCAAGAAAAAGGGUCAACUGACUGCUCAGGACAUUUUCCAAGACAAGCGUGAGGAGGGACCCACCUCUAAAAAAUUCAAGACUGAGGAAGGGGAGGCCCAAUUUAGUCUCUCCAGCCUGGCUGAAGGCGUGAUCACCAAGGUUGGGAGUGUGAAUCCUGCUGAGAACUUCCGUGUUCUCGUGAGGCAGAAGAACGCCAGCUUUGAGGAAGCAAGUUGCCAGCUAAUAAACCACAUUGAACAGUUUUUGGAUACUAACGAAACACCAUAUUUUAUGAAGAGCAUGGACUGCAUCAAGGUCUUCCGGGAAGAAGCCAUUCAGUUUUCAGAAGAACAGCGCUUUAACAAUUUCCUGAAAGCCCUUCGAGAGAAAGUGGAAAUUAAACAAUUAAAUCAUUUCUGGGAAAUCGUCAUUCAGGAUGGAAUUACUCUGAUCACCAAAGAUGAAGCCUCUGGAAGCUCUGUCACAACUGAGGAAGCCAAAAAGCAUCUUGCAGGAAGAAAGAGCACAAGAAGAGAUGAGAGUUGGCUCCUACCCCUUUCUGCUGCCUUCAGAGAAUCUGUUGCUUCUAUUGAGAAAGCAGGCCCAGCCUUGAAUUCUCUGCUCUCUCCCUUGCCUCCCUGCCACCAUGCAGCCUGGAAAUUACUGGCAGUUAAAACCUCUGAUGAGGAGGAGUGAUAUGUGUAAGAUCAGCCUCGCCUGGGGCUUUGGGAAGGAUAAUGGACGGCAGCCCAGCUCUUAGCUAUAAUUUGCUUACGCGGAAAUGUUGAGCAAAUCUAUCAGGAAAAUCAGCUGCAGAUGCUCAGCUCUGGAUAGAAAUGAAAGUUUGUUUGCCGCUGUUCCUCUCUUCCUAGAAAUUUGGCCUAGUCUCAGAGAUGUGCCAUUUGUGCUUAAUUACAUAGACCACAGUCCUGUGCAGACAGCCCUGCCUUAUUUAUCGUGUAA